AUGAGAGUAAAUUCAACUACAAGUACUAUCAAGAAUUACAAAAAAGAAUCUUCUAAACCUCAGAAACCUGCUCCUAAGAAACAAGAAUCAUCUUCGGAUGACAGCGAUGAUAGUGAUAAUGAGAAAACUAAAUUAAAUCCGUCUAAAUCUACUCGAGCUAAGAAUAGGCAAACAAAGGAUACUCCUGCUCAACUUGCUCAGGUAAAGAAACAAAAAUAUUCUUCUGAUAGCGACUAUAGUGAUGAAGAACCCAAAAAAGUUCAAAAACCAGUACAGAAACAGUCAAAUACAUCUAUUAAAGCAACCCCUAAAGUACAAAAUGAAGAGUCUUCAGAUGAGAGUGAUGAUUCUAAUGAUGAUACUACUAGAAAGGCUCCUCAGAAACCAGCCUCAAAACCCGCGUUCACACCAUCAAAGAUUGGUGCUAAGUCUGCUCUAGCUAAAAAACCUGAAUCGUCAUCAGAAGAGGAUAGUAGUGAUGAAGAUGAUAAGCCUCAGCCAGUUGCUAGUAAAGCGCAAGCAGUUGCUGCCAAAUCUGUUAAUAAUGUAACCAAGAAAGCUGAAUUAUCAUCAGAUGAUAGUAAUGACAGCAGUGUUGAAAAAAGUAAGGCAACACCAAAAAGACCAACUAAGCAGACAAAACGUCCAGUGAAACCUGCUGUGUCAAAGGAAGAGUCAUCAUCAGAUGAAGAUAGUUAUGAUGAAACCCCAAAACAGAACAAAACUGUGCAAAAACCUCAACAAAAUCUUGCAAAAGCAGCCAGAAAACUUUUACUUAGAAUGCAGUCUUCAUCUGAUGACAGUGAUGACAGCAGUGAGGAUAAAAAACCUGAAAAAAUUCCAGCUAGAAAAGAAAAGAAAUCCUCUUCUGUAGAUAGCGAUGACAGCAGUGAGGACGGAAAACCCAAGACCAAUAAAACUGUAAUCAAAACUGUGCCAGCUAUAGUUGUGUCCAAGAAAUUAUCAUCUGAUAGUUAUGAUAGCAGUGAGGUUGAAAAGCCUAAGAAACCUCAACCGUCUCAACCUCAGUCAUCUGAUGAUACUAGCGAUGAUGAGUCUAAGCAAAAAACUACAGAUUCAGAUGAUGAUAGUGACGACAGUGAUUAUGAACCUCCAUCUAAAUUACAAAAGAGGAAAGCAAAACAGGGUAGUUUUUAUCUCAAGCAGGGCAAGAGUCCUGUCUGCAAGGCUUCUCUACCAGAGUCCAGACUUCAUAAGCAUCUGUUAUGGUGUCUUAUGCGAGCUGACCCUGAAACGGACACCAGUUCUGAGGAAAGCAGUAUUGAUGUUGAGAUGCUUAACAUCGCCUCCAGUUCCUCCGUCCUCGAGACUUCAGACACACUGGUCAAAGUCACGUUGUGCUCUGCAAGUCCGGACUUGAGGAGUGUGGUGUGGUACAGUGAAAUCUGA